AUGAUUCCUCUGAUGGGCUUCUGCUACAUGCUGCAGUUCAUGGACAAACUAGCCCUCAGCCAGGCGACACAGCUCGGAUUGUUGGAGGACUUGAAACUCCAUGGAGCUCAGUACUCCUGGUGCUCGUCGAUCUUCUACUUCGGCUACAUAGCCUGGAGUUGGCCAACCUCCUACCUCAUUGUUCGAUUUCCGGCCGGAAAGUACCUUGGCGUCACUGUAUUUUGCUGGGGUGGUAUUCUGAUGUGCCACGCCGCCUGCCACAGUUUUGCAGGCCUGAUGGCCACCCGAUUCUUUCUUGGGGUGGGUGAGGCGGCCGUCGCCCCGGGAUUUGCCCUGAUAACAGGAAUGUUCUAUACGCGCAAAGAACAACCAGCUCGACAAGGAGCUUGGUGGGUUGGAAAUGCCAUUGCCAACAUGAUCGGUGGCCUCGUGGCAUAUGGUGUCGGCAAGAUCACAACAUCGUCUCUCGACCAUUGGAAGCUACUGUUCCUCAUCCUGGGAUCCGUCACUGCAGCCUAUGGCGUGGUCUUGUUUCUCUUGUUGCCAGACUCGCCCACCAAGGCCAUUUUUCUCAACGAGAAGGAAAGCCAAAUCGCACUAAGCCGCACCAUCGAGAACAAGACGGGCCUUUUGGAUGACAACAAGUUCGUGCGGCAACAGGCGAUUGACGCUUUGCUCGACCCUCAGUUGUGGCUGUUGUUUCUGUAUACUUUCACCGUCAACCUGGCAAACGGUGGUUUGACCAGCUUCAGCACAAUCGUCAUUGCAGGGUUUGGCUUUUCGCGCCUCAAUUCGCUCCUGGUACAAAUGCCAUUAGGCGCCGCUCAACUGAUCUUCUUAAUCUUGACUUCGGGCGGCGCUAGCAUAAUUCCAUCCUCCCGUUCGUUGUUCAUGCUCUUGAACACCAUUACCUCUGUGGUAGGAAUGGCCAUGGUGUAUGCACUCGACGACCGCGCAGGCCGCCUAGCUGGUCUGUGUCUGUCCGCCGUGUUCGCUUGCAACAUCCCGCUGUCCCUCAGUUUGGUCAGCUCCAACGUCGGAGGCUUCACGAAGAGAUCCGUCGUCAGUACGACAAUGUUCGUCGCAUACUGUGUGGGAAACAUCGCUGGGCCACAAUUCUUCUUGGCCCGUGAAAAACCAAGAUAUAAAACUGGACUUAUAGCUUCCCUUUCGGGGCUGUGUUUAGGUGCUUUCUUCAUCGCUUGUCUCCUCGUCUACUACAUUUGGGAAAAUCGCCGCAGGGACAGGCGCUUUGGCCCAGCGCAGAGGAGUUCGAGUGUGGUUGAAGACCUGAGAGAAGACCUUGCAGGCAAGACUGAUCGACAGCUCACCAGCUUCCGAUACGUCAUUUAG